AUGUUGCGUCAGCGAAAGAAAUACGAUUACUUUCGUAUUCUGGGAUAUUUUUUAUUCAUAUACACUUUACUCUUCAUUACUUUGUUGAAGAUCGUAGAUGACAAUCUAACUCUCCCUUUUCAUUUCAAUUCUAUUUCCUUCAAAUUACAAAUCAAAUAUGCUCAGACAUUUUGCUUUGUUUCACCCGGGCGGGGUGUUAGACCUUCCUAUUCACUUGGUUUCUUUUCAUCUCUUUCUAUUAAUCUCCUCUCUCCACAUCUUUUUCUCUCUUGCUUUCUCACUCUUAAUUUCAUUCUCUCCCUCUUUCUAUCUUUAUCUCUCUAUCUAUCUCUCUCUUUGUCUCUCUAUCUUUCUCUAUGUCCCCCUGUUCAAUAUUUUUCUCUUUACUUUACCCCUAAUCAUUUCUCCUCUUUCAUAUUAAGUAUACUCUUUCCUUUUAUUUCUAAUCUCUUUUCUAAAUUUAUUUCCUUCUUCCUUCUCUCUCACUCUCUACCUUGCCCUGCAUAUGCAUGGGAUCGAGAACCUUUCAUCGAUCAUCGUAUAUUGGCUAAUGAAUUCUCUUUCAUUAGAGACAUCUUUCUUUUUCCUCGUGACAUUUCUCGCUAUUUUACUCAUUCUCUAUCGCCCUCUAAAUCUCUCUCUCUCUCUCUCUCUCUCUCUCCUCUUUCUCUUUCUCUUCCUCCUCCUCCUGUAUCUAUCUAUCUAUCUAUCUAUCUAUCUAUCUUCUUUUUUCGUUUAUAUUCAUCUGGCCUUCAUUUCUUAUACGCAUACAGACUUAUUCAGUCGUUCUCCUUCUCUCGUCUUCGCUGCCUGCCCAUUACAUCCCACUUUAUUUCAACUUCUCUUUAUGUUCUUUCUACAGACUUAUUGAUUCAACUUUGUAAAUUCUUUCUUUUGGUAUCUACAUUUCACUUUCUCUCUCACUACAUACUCCUGUUUCCUUUCCCCUGUCUUCAAUCUGUCUCUCUCUCUCUAUCUAUAUCUCUCUUUUUCUCUCUCUCUCUCUCUCUCUCUCAUACUAAUUUACUACUCUUUAAACUCUCUCUCUCUCUCUCCCUCUUCCACUCUCUCUAUUACUCUCUCUCUCUCUCUCUAUUACUCUCUCUCUCUCUCUUUUCCCCUACUUCUCCGGUUUCCAUCUCUUACUCUGUAACCAUUCUUAUUUUCCCUCCUUAA